UUAUGUUCUAUUAUUAUGUCAGACCGAUUUGUUGUUUAGACGUCUCAAUUUUCAGAUGGCAUAAUAUUAAUAAUCAAUUUGUGUUUCAAGUGUAGAACUUUUAAAAUGAUACGAAACACUAUCAGUGUACUCGCUAAAAACACCCGAUCACUGUUCACAGUUACGCUAGAACAUGUUCCUAGUAGCUCAGAAAGUGCAAGAAUCCUCUCACUGCCUGUGCUUCAACAACAAAUUCGUAACUAUGCCAAAAGUAAGGACAGGAAAAAAGAAAAGAAAGGUGCACCGGUAAAGGUUCACAUCAAUGAAGAUCAACUGUCCGAAGUAAUCAAUCUACGCGCUCUGCGGACACAGAUGGAAAAAGGUAUCAACACUAUGAAGGAAGAUUACAUAAAAAAUCUUUCACUUCGCUCUGCGACAGGAGCUAUUGAAACGUUGAAGGUUGAAUACGAAGGGAAGGACUAUCAACUGCAGGAACUCGGUCAAGUUGUGAGAAAAAAUCCGAAAACCGUCGUGAUAAAUUUGAUAUCUUUCCCGCAAACAAUACCGGCGGUGUUGCAAGCCAUUCAAAAAAGCGGUAUGAAUUUAAACCCACAACAGGAUGGAACGACGUUAUAUAUACCGGUACCAAAAGUUACCCGUGAGCACCGUGAGGGUUUGGCGAAGAAUGCCAAAUCUUUGUUCAUAAAGUGUCGCGAUACGAUCAAGGAUGCACAGAAUCAAACGAUCAAGAAGUUAAAAAAGCAAACCGAUAUAUCGGAAGAUCUGAACUUCCAAGUGCAAGCUCAAGUCACUGCAGUUGCCAACGAGUAUAUAAAGGAAGCGGAAAAAAUGAUGGAAAUAAAGCAAGCUGAAUUAUUAGGAGAUAAGCUAUGAAAUACGACCAAGUUGAAUUAGUGAAUGUUAAAUAAAAUUCUAAUAUCCAACAAUAA